CAUGGUAAGAACCAGAACACAAACAACCUGUCACCAGACUAAUUUAUAGGUGCUGGGUUUGUUGCUUUAUCUAUAAGUCGACAAGAUUAAGAAAGAAGAGCCCGGAAGUAUCCAAAUUUGUUGGAUACCCACUCGACUCUGUUGUUUUUUUCUUUAAUUCCCCCUCUAAAAAUGCUUUGGCCAGAGCAUUCCAUUUGUAUAAAUAGAUGUGCCGUGGCUUGCCAUUUCUUCCUGUGAAGAGUGUAAGAGUACCAAACUAUUUGCUAGGCAUUAAUUGUGUUUAAGAGUUUGUCGCAUUUACUUGAGCAACCUCUCGUUUUCUCAGCUUUUGUUCCUUUUUUCAUGGCGCCUCCCAAUGAGCCGGUCAAUCCAAUCUUCAACUUCUGCAAAUCCCCCAGAGUCAAACAUCACGUUCAUUUGUCUCGUGGGAAGCUGAGUGUCAAGGGAGUGCCAAUCCUCUCUGAUGUCCCGAGCAAUGUGACUUUCACUCCCUUCUCAUCUCUCUGUGAACCUUCGAAGUCUGAUGCACCACCGACCUUGCUUCAGUAUGUCCAGUCCGUCUCGCACCGAGGCGGCUUCUUGGGCUUCGCCAAGGAUGACCCAUCGGACAGGUUGAUGAACUCUCUGGGGAGGUUCAGUGGGAGAGACUUCUUGAGCAUCUUCAGGUUCAAAACAUGGUGGUCCACCAUGUGGGUGGGAAGUUCUGGGUCUGAUCUGCAAAUGGAGACUCAAUGGGUGCUCCUGGAUGUACCUGAGGUUGAUUCUUAUGCAGUGAUCCUGCCCAUCGUGGAAGGGAGCUUUCGGUCCGCACUUCAUCCUGGGAGUGAUGGGCACGUCAUGAUUUGCGCAGAGAGCGGUUGUAGCCAAGUAAGAACAUCGUCUUUCGAUGCAAUCGCUUAUGUUCAUGUGUCCAGGAAUCCGUAUACCUUGAUGAGAGAGGCCUAUAGUGCUCUCAGGGUUCAUCUCAACACAUUCAGGCUAUUGGAAGAGAAAGCUGUCCCUUCCAUUGCAGAUAAAUUUGGUUGGUGCACUUGGGAUGCUUUUCAUUUGGCAGUUGAACCUGUUGGUGUUUGGCAUGGAGUGAAGGAUUUCGCGGAGGGCGGCAUUUCCCCGAGAUUCCUAAUCAUCGAUGAUGGGUGGCAGAGCAUCAACUUGGACGGGCAGGACCCGAGCAAGGAUGCGAAGAACCUCAUCCUGGGCGGGACCCAAAUGACUGCCCGCCUUCACCGGCUUGACGAAGGGGAAAAGUUUAGGAAGUACGAAGGGGGAACCAUGUUAGGCCCCGACGCUCCCGCUUUCGACCCUAGGAAACCAAAGAUGGUGAUCUCAAAGGCCAUCGAGCUCGAGCGUGCUGAGAAGGAUCUGAACGCUGCAGGGCGAGAUGGAGCCACUGAUUUGUCGGAGCUUGAGUCGAGGAUUGAGAAGUUGAGACGAGAACUCGAUGAAAUUGUUGGAGACGAGGGACAGAAUGAGGUUAUUAAAGGAGAGGGUAAAGGGGAAAGCUUUGGCAUGAGAGCUUUCACUAGGGACCUGAGGCAAAAGUUCAAAGGGUUGGAUGAUAUAUAUGUUUGGCAUGCUCUUUGUGGUGCUUGGGGUGGAGUGAGGCCAGGAUCAACUCAUCUCAACUCAAAGGUGACUCCUUGCAAGCUUUCUCCUGGACUCAGUGGGACGAUGGAUGACUUGGCCGUGGACAAGAUCGUCGAAGGAGGGAUUGGUCUUGUCCACCCCUCCCAAGCCAAUGAUUUCUAUGACUCCAUGCACUCUUACCUCGCUAGUGUCGGCAUCACCGGAGUGAAAGUUGAUGUCAUUCAUACUCUUGAGUAUGUGUCCGAAGACUAUGGAGGGAGGGUUGAGCUUGCAAAGGCUUAUUACAAGGGACUGUCAAAUUCCGUCACAAAGAACUUCAAGGGAAGUGGGGUCAUAUCCAGCAUGCAACAGUGCAACGACUUCUUCCUCCUUGGGACUAGACAGAUAUCCAUGGGAAGAGUAGGGGACGACUUUUGGUUUCAAGAUCCGAAUGGUGAUCCGAUGGGAGUCUAUUGGUUGCAAGGAGUUCAUAUGAUUCAUUGUGCAUAUAACAGCCUCUGGAUGGGCCAAAUCAUGCAGCCUGACUGGGACAUGUUCCAAACGGACCACCUGUGCGCUGAAUUCCAUGCCGGCUCGAGGGCCAUCUGUGGAGGGCCGAUCUAUGUCAGCGACUCGGUCGGGCGUCACAACUUUGGCCUCUUGCGGAAGCUCGUGUUCCCGGAUGGGACCAUCCCCAAGUGCCAGCACUUCGCCCUCCCGACCAGAGACUGCCUCUUCAAGAACCCUCUCUUUGAUAACAAGACCGUCCUCAAACUUUGGAACGUCAAUAAGUACGGUGGAGUGAUUGGCGCGUUCAACUGUCAAGGAGCUGGCUGGGACCCGAAGGAGCGGAGGAUCAAGGGCCAUCCAGAAUGCUACAAGGCAGUUUCCGGUUCCGUUCAUGUGACGGAGGUCGAAUGGGACCAAAACGAUGAGGCGGCCCGAAUGGGCGGGGCUGAAGAAUACGCGGUAUGCAUGAGCCGAGCCGAAAGGCUCCUCCUGACGACCCGAGAGUCGGACCCAAUCCCAGUGACCCUGGACCCAUCCUCCUUCGAGAUCUUCAGCUUCGUGCCCGUCGUGAACCUUGGACCCGUCAAGUUCGCCCCGAUCGGUGUGGCCGACAUGCUCAACAGCGGAGGGACGGUUCAAGAAGUGGGGUGGGAAGAUUGCACGAGUGGGAUUAGGGUCAGUGUCAGGAUCAAGGGCCGAGGUCGGUUCCUGGCCUACUCGAGCGGGUCGCCGAGAAGCUGUCGUUUGAACGGCGAGGAAGUCGGGUUUGAGUGGUCCGUUGAUGGCACAUUGGCCUUGAGCGUUCCUUGGGUUGAAGCGGCUGGUGGCAUUUCUGAUGUAAUUUUUCUAUUUUCACAUUGAUUUUAAUUUUUCAUGUCCGGCCUUUUUCAUGUUUAUUGUUUUUUUUUUUUUUUUUUUUGUGUGACAGUGUACUGAGAUUGAAGUGUUCGUUCAUGUGCUGGUUGUAAAAUGGAAUUUUUUCUGUUUUUUGGUCAAAGUUGUAAAAUGGAAUUGAUAACAGGAAAAUGUGCCAAUUGCUGGAUUUCGUGA